AUGACCGGGUUCUUCUCUAAAACACCUCUAGAAAGUUGGUCUCUUGAUGGUUUGAGCGAGUGGUGUGCCCUUAAUGUUACAAGCGACAAAAAAAAACUCUUGGAUUACAUGAAAAAGGCUAUUCAGGAAAUGAGUAAAAAUCCUUUCUCGGAAGAUGCCAAACUGAAGGCUGAUUUUAUUUCGCUGUGGUUCAAGAACGUCUUUGAAUUUCUGUGGCACACUUCGGGACUAUUAGUCGUCUGCGGUUUUGAACUAUUAUCCUGGAAAUUUGCUAAAAAUAAGGGCAAUUAUUUUAAAUCUUUGCAAGAUCUGAAGAAAAUAAAGGACGAGGAAACUGUUCGACUAGCGCAGAUAAAAAGCUACGAAACUAUAAAGCUUGCGGAGAUAAAGUCAAAAAAUUUGCAAGAACAUACUUCUACAGUAGUGGAUUUUCAUAAGAACAUUGCUGUUGAUCUCACUGCUGACAAUCGCAAAAGGAAAGAAAUCACUGCAUAUGAAGAUGAGGAGCUGACAUUGUCUGAGGAUGAAAAUAAAAUGUCAAAAAUAAUAAAAAUUGAUCAACAUUUUGUACAUGCCGUUACUCCAUCUUCACUUGAUACAGAUUUUGAAGUGGAACAGUAUGUGGAUAACAUAUAUUGCCAGGAACUGUCAUUGGUAGAGACUUCGUUAAAUUCGGCUAUCGGAAGACUUUCUGAAAUUAAAAGUGGUAUUGGGAGAUAUCGGAUUAUAUUUUUACCGGAGGACAAUGUUCAUAAUCCAAUUAAACGCUUAUUCACUGAUGAAGAGUGGUUUAUAAUGGAAUCGAAUUGGGAAAAGGUUGAAAAAAGGAUCGUGGAUUCACUUCCACAGAUUGAUGAAAACGUAAACUUACUUUUAGAGAAGUACGGCAAGUGUAUAAAGGAUGCCACCAUCAAAUGUUAUGUAGACUUAAAUAAAGUCGAAAGUAUCAUUUGUAAAAGCCCGUUUGAAGAUCAGCAUUUCUAUCUGUUCGAAAGAGACUAUCAUCUUCGAUGGGUACAAUCAGUAUAUAACGCUUUCAUAUUGUGUCUUCAGACACCGUUCAGCCCUCUAGAUGAUCCGGAUGCAUCUGAAUAUGCGUAUAGAAGUCGAAUUAUAAAUUAUAUUUGGGAAGGACUUUUCUUUGAUGUAAAUGCCGUAGCCAUAAUGAAGACCGGUGAAGUCGAAAAUGUAGAUCGAAAAAAACAACUGGACCUAUCAAGAAAUUUGGAUCAGCGUAGGUCGAGUCUUGGAGGUUGGUAUCAUGAUGCCGUUCUAUUCAUGAAGGUUGGAAGCAAGUUGGUUCAAGUAGCAUUUGGGGAAGUAAUCGGAAAUGCUUUCAAACGUGAUGACAAGAAAUAUAAUGAUGAUAAAGAAAAAAUGCUUAAAGCUAUGCAAAUGGCUCUUUUUAACCUUCGAAAAUCAUUACCUGAAAAGGCCCCAGGUCUCGAAGAUUUAGAAACUUUUGGAUUACUCGUAAAUAGAAAAGAAUUUUUUAUGUAUUCGAUGCAUUGGGUGGACGGGAUAUAUCUCGUUGAUCAAUUUAAUGGAUUUACGAUUCCCGAUACAUCACUGGAUCUAGAGAAUCUAUUCAAUAUAAUCCAAACAAUGAUUAAAUUUAAGGUGAUAAGUCCUACCAUUAGUUCGAUUAUUGCUUUAAAGAAGUCUUAA